AGUAUAAAAAGGGGGAGCCAUGGAGGGAGAGGCUUGUUUUUGUUCAAGGAGUUGUAUCGAAGCAGAGCUGAGCCAAAGGAAGGAAACUUUUACCAAAGGAUCGGGGCAGUGAGGAGGCGCUGCAGAGAUGUGGGCGGGCCUCAGCCUGCUCCUGACUCUCUGCCUGCUCCAUGGCGGGGGGGCAGAGAGUGACGGGGGCGGGCCUCGGUGUCAGCCGGCCCCUCCCUGGCAGAUAGGGGAGGUGGAGCCCAUGAAGGGGGCGAUGGGCCGGGUCACGGUGGUGGCCCUUCUGCAGGCUAGCUGACUGUUCUGCUUGGUGCAGGCUUCCAGAAUGGAUGGCCUGCGCCAGAUGCUGGAGACUCGGGGUCUGAAAGAUGUGGUUUACAUGGUUAUCAACCACCAGGGGGAGGAAGCACAGCGCCUGCACCCCUUGUUGACGCAGAAACUUUCAGAGAACAUCGUUCUGUACAAACAAGUCGACCCACUGAAGGAUGUUUGGCAGACACUAAAUGGAGAGAAAGACGACUUCCUCAUCUAUGACAGAUGCGGCCGUCUCACCCAUCACAUUUCUCUUCCAUACUCCAUCAUUGGUCAUGGUCACAUUGAGGGUGCAAUCAAAGAUACCUACUGCAACCGCAUAUGUGGAGACUGCUCGCAUGAGAGUGCUGAGACCCCUGAGGAGUGCAAAGCGGGAGCGAAUGCACAGCCCAAUGCAGAAGGAACUCCAGCCGUAGGGAAUGAAGAUCAUCACAGUCACCAUCAUGGCCAUGGUCAUAAUGGUCAUAACGGCCAUCACGGCCAUCACGGCUCUGGCCACGGUCACGGUCAUCAGGGUGGAAACCACGAUGGCGGUUCCCAUGGCUCUGACCGUGGACAGAGUCAACAGGGUGUUAGACCACAGGAACACGACCGCCUCGAUGCGGGCUCACAUCACAUGCAGCAAGCAGUGCAAGUACACCAGCUGCCACAGGAGGCCGUCCAAGCCCCUGUUAGGCCUUGAGUAUCGGGAAAGAAGAGGUGAAACUCAGUGUACAGCUGACGGGGGACGGCCGUCUCUGACGGAGAAGCCUCUCCCCGGGCCAGCUGAUGCUGACACUGACGCAGGUUGUUUGGCGAUGCGGGCAGCGAGCAGCCACGCGGUCUCUGACACUGUGACGAGGCGUUGCCCGCCUCCUGACAGUGACACGGACUGACGGGGGAAGCGUCCGGUGAUGUUAGGGAGACCUGACAGUGACGCUUGCCUCCUGCUGCUUGACAGCAGCCUCAGCCAAACGGGUGAACCUGACCCCCCGGGGUUGUGAGCUGAGCAUGAGAACAGCUGUAAGCUGGGACUCCUGCCAGCCACCAACCCUUUUUACCAACUAGUAUUACCCUGGGAGCGGAGGAUGGGCAACCUGGACAGCAGGGAUGUUGAAUAGAUGAAUCGCUUUAGAAAAAUAUACAUAAGAUAAAUAAAUACAACAGCUGAAGCAUUGGAUGCCAGCUUAUUAUUCAUACUGUUGAACUUUAAAGAAUGUGUUUCAACGUGGGUCCAUGUCCAUGAGUUGCUCUCCUCUUAUCUCAGGAGUCCAUGUGGUUGUCAUGUUCAUAGAUUGCCUCUUCCAGUUUGUUCUCACCGUCCUUUAUGAAACCAGACGCAGAAACUAUGCUCUAGUGGCGUCUGGACGAUGUCAGGCAGGAGAGAACGGAGAAGGCACUACAAGAACAGGGCAAACACUUAAAACAAUUCAGAGCUAAAAAAAAAAAUUGAAGUAGAUAUAUUUACGAGGAAUAAGAGAAGAUUAUGGUAGAUGCACCUUUUAUUUUUAGGGAACGUCAAUAUCACGUCUGGAAGUCAUGCUUUGGAAUUAGUCUUUCGCACAUAACAGCAGAGUCAUAGUGAAAUAAAAAAAGUCUUUUUGUCUUUGUACUCAACGAUAUGCAAGAAUUUACCAGCUUUGACCUAUUUCCUGUGGGACUCUUCAUUGCCACAGAGACAUUUUAAAUUUAUUGCGUUCACCAAGUAUCUGCACUGACUGUCUAUAUAGCAUACAUUUAUCCAAGGCUUUUUUUUUUCUUUUUGAAAAUAAGUUUCUAUUGUUCGGGAAAGGAGUGAAGGGAAAUGAGAGAGAAGCAAUGAAUGACUGCUGGAAUACACGCCUCUGUACUUAAUGAUGGUUUCGGGGGGAAGAUGAAAAUCACCCAGAAAACUUGAUGCACACACAGAGCUUGUGCUACGUUGAGAGUUGAACUUGGAAACUGUUAGUCUAAUAAAGAUGGUUUAAUUGCGAGUACUUAAA